AUGGAAACUAGGAAUGAAGAUGAGCAAAGUAAUUGUAGAGCAGGUGCUCGUAUGGAUCAGACUAUUGGGAUUGGACCUGAAAUAUUGGGGGCAACCAGAUUUGACAAAAACUACCAGACUUGUGGGGAAACCUGUGAAGGCAAAUAUUGCAACAACAAUGAAAGAAAAGCUUAUGUAUCCAAGGGGGACAUGAACACUAAAUUCUUUCAUAGCAUGCUGAAAGCUAGAAGGAAUGCUAAAAGAAUAUUCACCAUUAGGGAUAAUGCAGGAAUUAGCAGAAAUGACAUGAAUGGAAUAGCUGAAGCUUUUGUGGAGUAUUACACUUCUCUGCUUGGUACUAAGAGUAGAGAUAGAAUGAGAGUAUGUUGUGCCACUGUGAAACAAGGUUCUGUAGUAUCAGCUGAACUAAGAGGGAUGCUUGUUGAAAAGUUUACCAUGGAAGAAAUAAAACAAGCUCUAUGGGAAAUAGCAGGGGAUAAAGCACCUGGGCCAGAUGGCUAUGGUAGCCAAUUCUUCAAAGAUUGUUGGGGGAUAAUUAAAGAAGAUCUAAAGGCAGGGGUAAUGGAAUUCUUUAGGUCAGGAAAGAUAAUGAAAGCUUGA